UUAGUCACACAUGAGUUUUCUUGGACUCACUACAACCCUCCCGCACCGAAGGCUCUCCAAACUCGUCUCCUUUUCCACGCCGACUGGUGGUUAUCCUGUUUUGCAUCUCUCGCUCCCCAAUUAUUAGCGAGGUAAACAAUACUUGCCCAACUGAGAGUGAGUUAGUUCUCGGGCCGAGUGUGUGUGUGUGUGUGCGAGUGCAUUUAUUUAUUUCCACCUCGCCAUCCACGACAGCGUUGUUUGCCCUUCGAUCUUCUCUCUUCAUCCGGCAAAGUUGGUGAAGCUCUGCUUUCUCCGUCUCGUAUUCGUCGUCGUCGUCGUCGUCGUCCUCUUGCUCGUUGGAGCAGAAGAUGGUUUGUGGAGCUGUGCAUGGUGUUUGGAUCGUCGGCAUGCAUAAAGUGAUGUGGGACGAGGCCGGAUUUGAAGUUUUAGAGAUUGUCGGGCUCAAAAGUGCGGGUGAAUAAAUUGCACCCACACUGCGGAACCAACCCGCUCUUGUAGGAAAAGAUUGGUUUUCAUACAACUAUUCCGAGUUUAAAAGAUUUCAAGUUUGUCAAGAAAUGUCGCCGGUGGUUCAUGUCUAUCAAAUCAAUGCGACUUGUGAUGCUUUCUCCUCACAAAACUUAGUGCAUUGAGCUGGGUCACAUUUUACGCCCAUUGUUCGCCGCCACGAACGACGGAGGAGGAAGAGGUAAAAAAUCGUGAGGCGUCCAAGUCCUCUGAAAAAUAAAACCUCCAUCAACUCAGCCUUCCGUGUCCCCCCAGACUUUCCCUGCAGUUCAUAAGUGCCACAACUCGUGGGCACUCCCCCACUUCUCCCAUUCUGUGGAGGCAAUAAGGAGCGUGUGAGGUUUGUAAAUACGAGUGGAAAAAAUGUUUGGACAAGUUUGAAGCACCACCACCACGUGUUUGCCCAGCCAGCUUGGUUGGUGGUGAGGAGAGAGGGAAAUCGGGAGCAGUGUGGAUGAGGAGAGACGACGGUGACAAAUCUGUGUGCUUUUCUGCUUUCUCUCCACUCAGCCUGAUAGCCACCAGACCACGGCUCCCGUAUCCUCCUCCAACUGACGAAGGACAACAAUGGCAAGGUGUGUGGAGCAGCUGCUGCUCAUCUACCGUUCGAAAUCUCCUCAAAUGCUCAACAACUCUGUGGCUCCUGCUCCUCACUUUGGACGAAUUGAUACGCGUCCUGCCCCACAAUAGUCGUCGUGACACUGGGGAGUCGUGUUGUGUGUGCGGUAAUUCGGUGCAUGUGCAAGUCGCCCAGACUGAGACUGAGACUUUGAAACUGGACGAUAAAACUGCUUACAUUUGAGCCGGACAGAGGUGCAGUUGACUUUUGUGACGGUGGUGGUUUUGUGAGCGAGGAUCCGGAGGAACUAUAACACGACCCGAGUUGGGCUCACUUUUGGUUAAUUGACAUACGCGUCGUUCCGUCGUGAUCACAAUAUCUUUGAUGCAACCUCCUCUCGAAACACAGUGACAAUCAGGCCAGAAGAAAUGUCAUCAUGUGACGACGUGCCCUAGGUGCGAAGUGAGACGACCCUCCCCACAGGGAUGGAGCCUUACGGCAACGACUAUCCCUACCUCCCAACAGCCGUCGCCCAGCAGCAUCCUCAGCAACCACAAAUCGUCACCAACCACUACACUGGAGGCACGUUGUCGAGAAACCCCCAGAUCCACCAGCACCCAUACGCCCAGACCGAGCCAGAGUGGGAGUACCCUGCGUACAGCCCGCAACUCCCACCCCCUCCGCCCGACUAUGACACCCACCAACACCAGCGACUCUUCUCGCCCGACCUGGGCUUCAACAGUCCCCUCCACAUCCAGCAACAGAAUGUCAACAACAUUCACCACCAGCAACAGCACCACCAUCCCCACCACCCAGGAAGCAACUACUCCACCUACUCCAACGGGGGACAGGCUUACUUCAGCAGCGGCAAUGCGCCCGGUGGCGCCAACAGUGUGGUCCGCGUCAAUCCCUGCCAAGAGGCCAUCGUGCGUCAACUCCAGGAGAAGUUUGGGGAGGAUGCAGGCUCUCCGGUGGUCGUCGUGUCCAACGGGGGCAACAAUCACCUCAACGCCGGAAACCAGUCUGUGAACGGGACAAAUGGUCGCAGCAAUGGUGGGCCCAACAGUAACAAUGCCAACUGUGCGACGACAAAUGGUGGUGGGGACGGGGGGACGCUCUGUUGCGAGGAGGAAGGUGGGGGUGGCUGCAUCAUCCCGUACUCCAAACUGCCCCUGCUCCUCCUUCUCAUACUUUUCCUGCUUACUCUCUUCCUCUCCUUCUCGGGUGCUCUCCUCUACUUUAAAUUUCAGCCCAGAAAUUCAUUCAGCUCGCUUGUCGAUGAUGAACCUUGCGAGCAAGCGAAUUGUGCCUUUGGAGAAAGUUGCGUCGUCGAAGGUGGUCGGCCCACUUGUCGCUGUCCGCAAACCUGUUCCAACGCCUACUCCCCCGUCUGCGGCUCGGACGACGUCACCUACUCCAACGAGUGUCUCCUCCGCCAAUUUGCAUGUCAGCACAGACACUCGGUCCGCAUCAAACAUUCCGGAGAGUGUGAUAAACCAGACCCGUGUGCGGACAAGGCGUGUUUGUUUGGGUCGAGAUGCGUGGCAUCAGCGGAUGGUCACUAUGCGUCCUGCGAGUGUCCCGACUCCUGUCCCAACUAUGGCGACUCGGACGACUCACAACCCGUUUGUGGAUCGGAUGGUCAAUUCUACAAGAACAAGUGUGAACUAGACCGCCAAGCGUGUCACUUGGGGAGGAACAUCACCGUCAAAUAUGUUGGCAAGUGUGAUCCCUGUGACGAUAUUGAGUGCUCGACGCCUCAAAUCUGUCACUUGGACGAGGACCGACGUCCCAUGUGUCGCUGUGGAGAAUCUUGCAGCAUGGACUUUGCCCCAAUCUGUGGCAGUGAUGGGAAAACCUAUUCGAACGAGUGCAUCAUGCGACAGGAAGCUUGUCGCUCACGUCGCGACUUGCGGAUCAUCUACAGAGGCAAAUGCUCAUCGGGAGUCAACCCGUGCGAGAGUCGGACCUGCCACGGCUACGAGAGCUGUGCCAUCAACCGGUUUGGGAUAGCGCAAUGUGUCUGCGUGGCCGUUUGCGACCCCGUCUUCAGACCUGUUUGUGGAGACAAUGGACGAACCUACGACAACGAGUGCGAGCUCACCCUCUCGUCGUGCAGAGAGUCGCGAAACACCUCCGUCGCCUUCAAGGGAACUUGUGAAGAAGGCAACGUCUGCUCCAAACACCGAUGUCCCGUUGGAGCCGUGUGUUCCGAGCGGGGUGGGAUUGCGGUGUGUGACUGCCCUUCAUGUCCCUCCGACUACGACCCGGUCUGUGGCAGCAAUGGCGUUUCGUACCAAAACCCGUGUCGCUUGCAGCAUGAAGCCUGCACCUCCAACCAGUCCAUUCGUGUCAUCUACAACGGACUUUGCAAUCUUAUUCGUGAUUUUAGCGAUGGUGAUGACGGAUGCGACCAGACCCAGUGCGACUUUUACUCUGUUUGUGAGACGGAUCUGUCCGGAGGAGCGAAAUGUGUGUGUCCGCAAAACUGUACGCAGUCGACGCAGGCUGUCCCUAAACAACCAGGAACAGCAUCAGUGUGCGGCACGGAUGGAAAGUUGUACGAGAACGAGUGCAUCAUGCGACAAGAGGCGUGUCUCCAACAAAAGUUCAUUGUCGUCGCCUCUCGAGGCUUUUGUGAUUUAUGCGAAAAUGUGCAAUGCAAAUUUGGAGCAAGGUGCGAAAAAGGGUUUUGCGUUUGUCCAACCGAAUGCCCACUGUCUCGCGAUCCUGUUUGCGGAUCCGAUUUUCUGACCUACACGAACGAGUGCGAACUUCAGAAGGCAGCGUGUCGACUGGGCCACUCGCUCACGGUCCACUUUUACGGGGAAUGCGUGGAAGGACUUGUGCCUCACCGGGCGGCUGGCGGCACCCCCACGCAACCCCCACCACCAGCGAAUGGGCUCAACAAGGGACGGACAUGGCAGCAACAGCCACAGAACGGGUUGAACAAUGAGGGGCGUCCCACUCUGCUCAAUAGCAACGGCGGGGGUGUGGUCGUCCUCAUGGGCCCUGCGUCCUCUAAGCUGUGCGAUUCCAUUCAUUGCGAGCACGGAUCCGUGUGCGAGAUUGGGGGUGACAGUUAUCCACGAUGCACGUGCCAGUUCAACUGCACCUUCGCACCAGGGUCUCCCAUUUGCGCAUCUGACCUCAAACUAUAUCCCACCGAUUGUGAAAUGAGACGCGAGGCUUGUCAUCGCCAAACCGAGUUGAGACCGCGGCCCAUGGAGUUGUGCGAGGAACUGGAAGUGAGGCCCUGUAAUGGAGAGGACCCCUUGAAAAAUGGUGAAGGGGUCGAGCUCAACUGUGGAUCCGGACCUUAUCGAAACAACUGCCCUGCUGGAAGCUUUUGUCAUCGAGGACAGAAUUUUGCAAAAUGUUGCAAAAAAGAGGAAAAAUCGACCACCACUGCGAAACCUCAAAACAAUGGAGGACUCAUUUUAAGCAGCUCCUCCGGAUGCGAUGACAGUGUUUUUGGUUGUUGUCCAGAUGGGAAGACUGCAGCGUUGGGUGAAAACAAUGGUGGUUGUCCGUCCAUGUGCUUGUGCAAUAAGUUGGGCUCCAUUAGAGAAACUUGCGACCCCGACACGAAGGAGUGCGACUGCAGACCAGGCGUUGGCGGUACCAAGUGCGACCGUUGUCUUCCCGGAUAUUGGGGGCUCGCUCGUAGGCAGGCCGACGUUCAGCAAGGGUGCAGGGCGUGCGGAUGUUCGAGAUUUGGAUCUGUACGAGAAGAUUGCGAGCAGAUGACGGGGCGAUGUGUCUGCAAAGCCUCGGUUCUUGGUCACAAAUGCGACUCUUGUGUGGAAGGCGAGUUCCUGUCUCCAUACGGAUGCACCACUGACCCCACGAAUCUUGGUCGGAAUUGUGACGAGGUGGUGUGCACUUAUGGAGCGGAGUGUGAGCAGGAUGGUGACCGUGCGGGCUGCAUGUGCAACAUUGUUUGUUCCGAUAUGUCUGAAAAUGAGCAGGAAGUUUGCGGAAGUGAUGGGUUUACCUACGAAUCCGAAUGUCUCGUCCGGUUGCAGUCUUGCAGGGAUCAGAAACCAAUCUGGGUCGUGCACAAGGGUCCCUGUCCUGAUUCAAGCGAGUCAGACGGGACGGAGAGUCCGAUACGACGUUGGACUGGGAUGAACUAUUUCACGGAGCCGGGCGAUGACGGGAUCAGAGAUGGAUUCGGUUCCGGAAUGAAGUCCACGCGACAUCUCCCCCAAUCGAAGCAGGACAAUUUCUACAAAAACUUUUACAACCAUAGAUCACCCACCUCGGCCACUGUCCAGGUGCGAAGCUACCUGGGGGAUUCUUGCGGGGGGUCUUCGGAAUGCAUCGCAGCUCACAGCGUGUGUCUCGGAGGAUGGUGCAUUUGCAGGGAAGGUUACUACGAGGACCCAGAGAGGAUCCAGUGCAAACCGAUUCAUUCUCAUCUUUCCGGGACAAUUAGUUGUUCCAAAGGCGCAACCAUGUGUGAGCCUGAGGCAUCGUGUUUCGACCACCGGAACGGGUCGUAUUCCUGUGUUUGUCCCCUUGGGCGAUCUCUUCCCGAGGACAACUGCGAACACAAAGACUACCCGUCCCCAUUGUUAUAUUCUCGAUCAACAAUAAAAUUGGGAAAAUUGGCUGGCUACCACAAAUUGAGCUUGGAAAUCGAGGUCGUCCCCUUCCUCAACUUUUCUCAUGGAAUUCUCGUCUUCUCCUCACAACAUGCCAACGGAUCUGGAGACUUCUUCUCUCUCGCUUUAAUUGAUGGUUAUGUCGAGUUCCGUUACGACUUGGGCGAUGGUCCUGCGAUCCUCAGAUCUUCUAGCCGACUUAUUUCUGGCUCAAAUUAUCAUAUCAUGGCCAAAAGGUACAAUCGAGACGGGUUGCUGCGAGUGGAGGGGGAAGACGACAUCAAGGGAACGAGUCCUGGAUCCAUGAAGUCACUAAAUCUCGACCACGGGGGCUACCUCGGAUUUACUCCCCUCAACUCCACAAAAAUUUGGGAAACCGUCGGAACCUCGGAAGGAUUUGUGGGUUGCAUUCAUCGCCUAAAAGUUGGCCGUCGUCCCAUCGAGUUUGAAGACAAGGACCCACUCGUCAACUCAUUCCAUAAAGUGUCACAAUGUCCUCUGAUAAGUCGUAGUGGGCGUCUCACCACCACUCCCAUUUAUGUCCCAGCAGGAGCAGGCGGCGAGGAGGACGAGGAGGAGCAGGCCGGAGAUGAGAUAACGGGCAAAAGCCGACACAAAUCCUACAAAAAUCGGAAUCACAUCGAAGACAAUUCGGAUAAUGGUUUUGCCAUCUCUAAUUCCGUGGCGGCGAACGGGGAAGAAAACUUUCCCAAGAAGAAUCCCUGUUCUGCCACCAAAAACCCGUGUCUUAACAACGGCUUGUGUUGGACCAAUCGGGCCGGCCAGCAGUCUUUCGGUGUCGCUGCGAGCUACAAAUGCGUGUGUCAACCGGACUACUCGGGCGUUCAUUGUGAGACAAAGACAAACGUGAUAAAGGAGACUGGGGCAAUGUUGGACUUUCGUGGCUUUAGCUUCUUGGAACUACCCAAGAUAGAGAACGGAGCAGGUCGCACUGUGAACAUUGAGGUCUGGAUUAAAGUGCGGUCACCCAAUGGACUGAUCCUCUACAACGGGCAGGAAUUUGGCAAGGCCGACUUUGUCACGUUGCUCGUCUCAAAUGGACACAUCCAGUUUUUGUACGAUUUGGGAUCUGGCACAGCUAACCUCACAUCCAACGAACCAAUCUCUCUCAACAAGUGGCACUGGAUCGUGGCUUCGCGAGAAGGUCGCGACGGGCGACUGCAAGUGGAUGGAGGUCCCGUCCAGUCGGUGCGGUCCCCUCCAACACUUUCCGAGCUAAAUCUUGAGCUUCCAUUAUUCGUAGGAGGAAUGAGUGAUAUGAACAUGGUACAUCGUGACUUGGGAGUCUUGCACCCAUUCGACGGAGUCCUGCAGUACAUCCGGGUGAACGGGGAAACCUAUCACAAGGAGAUUUCUGUUGCGUUGAAGGACAGAAUUAUCCAUCGGUACGAAGGUCCCCCUUGUGGGUCGAGUGUGUCAAAACCCUGCACCAACGGUGGUACCUGCUUCCCUAGGCUGGACUCGUUCGUCUGCUUGUGUCCAGCUCAGUAUGGUGGAAAGUUUUGUGAGAAUCGGAACGAAGUACCGGGUCCGGUUCGCUUCGAUGGAGAAAAUUAUCUAAAAUUCCCCAGGAAAAUCCCAAAGCACGAGUCUUUCAACUUCUCAGACUACGACGACUUUUACAAUGACAACUUUGACUCUCAACUGGACGAAUUAUUCGGAGAAUGGAGUGAGGACGAGGUAGAUGCGACGACCGACAAUCCAAAUCCAGCUGUGGAGGAAGCAGGCGAAGAAGACUUGUCCGAUCUGGACUUUGUGGACGACAAUGAAGAGUUUGUUCCCCUCGUGGAGCACGAUGAUGAUUUAGAUGUAGAAAGGGUGAAAGCACAACGACGAAAUAGGAUCGAGUUGGUCUUCCGUACGACGGAGGAGAAAUCUGGCGUUGUGCUGUGGACGGGGAGGAAUCCGAAGGGGGAUGAGAUGCGGAAAGGAUAUUUGGGUGUGUUUCUCGUAAACGGGUAUCCCGAACUAAGGGUUGAUCUUGGUGCCAAAAAUAAGAAACCUGUCAUCAUCAGAUCCAAGGUGAAAGUUACUGACGGUCGAUGGCAUCAGGUGCUAAUUGCACGUCGACGGCGAUUGAUUGUUCUCCAAGUUGAUGGCUCGAUUCCUCAACGUGCUACCUCGCCCCCUGGAAGCAAUGUCUUGAUCUCUGAUGGGAGAUUUUGGAUUGGGGGAGUGGCAGGAUCAGUAUUGCCUGGAGAUAUCCCGGCCGACUACCAUCAAGGUUUUGUGGGUUGUGUGGACCUGGUUCGGGUGGAGAAACGAAGACUGCCAUUAUCCAAAAUCGCCUACGCCAACGGAAUCCCAUUUUGCGAAGACGACGAGUAACUGGUUAUAAUAGUACAACCGUCCCACUCGGCAUUGCAAGAGUGAAUCAAAACAAUAACUAUGUAUCUCCUCUUACAUAUUAAAUAAGUACAUACGAGGUGUCUAAAGUUCUAGCUUAGGUCGACUUAAGGAAACGUAGUUUACAAGAAAAAAAUGUACGGGAUAAAAAAAAAUAUUUAUAAAACCGUUAGUAAAAAAAAACAUGUUAAUAUUUAAAAAUAAUAAUUAUACUUCAUGUCGUGCUGUCAUCGUGAAACAAUUUUCUUUAUACUUUUACAACAGAGUUAAUUAGCAUUAGUUUCGACUCUAGCAGCCAAGGCAGAGGAGACGAUGUGUAUCAAAGCAAUUAAUUUUUAGACGUUGACUAAACUGGUGACAUAUAUUUAUAGCAAACAUACAUACAUAUUUACUCAUAAUAGGUUAAAUAAUUUGCUAAUCAUGUUGAAGUACGUACUGAUAUUUAUCUUGUAAUAAGCUGCUAUUAAGCAUCUUCCAACCAUUAUUUUAAUUGCGUAACAUGAAUUUUCCAAAGUUAAGAUAAAGGUUGUCUAGUCUAAAAGAGUGCAGAAUUUAAUAAUAACCUCGCAAUACUCGGGCACCCUUAGCAUUUUUAUGAUAGACUCACAGUAGCAAUUUAUUAGCAGAUAUCAAGCCUGCGUUGUUAUUAGCAUGCACGCACCCAAGUAAAUGUGUAUUAUUAAAUGAUAGUCUCACAUGGUAUAAUCACACACGUGGAUUUUUGUAAAUUAUAUCAACUGCUGACAAAGUACUCAUCAUCAAAAAGUGCAGGGUAUCGUAGGCUCCACCUCAACACCCUAAUCAUCAGUUCGUCGAAAUAUGUAUGCAUGUACUGGGUCAGAAUUUUUCUACUUGAUGGAAAGCACACAGACUAUUAAUAUACACGUAGCUACUGAUAUCAGUUUUUAAUAAAAUAAGCGUUGAGUUUGUAGACUUAACAAAAAAGAUGAAUAAAUGUUGAAAAUAUAAUCAUUAAAUUGUGUACGAUGAAUAAAGAAUACAUUUCGUAUGAAAA